AGUCAUUCUUUUUGAGGGCGUAGUUCGACAAGUGUCACUUACUCGUUUAAUGUAAAGAAAUUAGUCAAUAGGGUUGAGAAAAAACAAAGUGGCGUGCCUUAGAUUUAAUUUUACUUGUGUUAAACUUGGUUUCAUUUGUAUAAGUUCAACGAUUUUGUUUCCAGUAGAGUAAACUAAAGGAAUUUUCUGGUCUACAAGAGGCCAUCGUAAUGUUUGUAAGAAGUGCUCUGGGCAAGAGCUUGUUGCUCUUCUUUCUGGUGUUGGCAGUAGGUGUGUUUGCCCAGUUCGAGUGGCAGGCCAGAGAUUCUUUUGAUGAAAUAAAAAUCAAAUUUGACAAAGUGAAUGGCGACAAUUGCCCCAUACAACAUGUCAGCGAUUUGUAUUUGCCCGAAGACACGGUGUCGCACAAACCGGACAUCAAGGAAAUCAAUAUAAAUCCCAUAUUUCCCAACCGUACGGCAUUGUUGCAUUUACACAACAUGGCUUUGAGUCGAAGUUUCUUUUGGAGUUACAUAUUGCAAUCGAGAUUUAUACGGCCUGCCAUCAACGAUACCUAUGAUCCGGGUAUGAUGUAUUACUUUUUGUCCACUGUGGCUGAUGUGUCAGCCAAUCCGUAUAUCAACGCUUCAGCUAUUUACUUUGCACCCAACAGUUCGUACACUUCGUCAUAUCGUGGCUUCUUCAAUAAGACCUUCCCUAGAUUUGGGCCACGCACAUUCCGUUUGGAUGAUUUCAAUGAUCCCAUACAUUUGCAAAAGAUAUCAACCUGGAAUACCUUUGAUAUAAGAGAUUUGGGUGCUCAUCCUCCGGAUUCGAUAUCGCGUGACUACACCUCGGAUUUGUAUAAAAUCAAUGAAUGGUAUAAAAAAUGGCUACCCGAUGAUGUGGAGGGUCGCCACGACACUAAGACAACAUAUCAAGUGGAGAUACGCUAUGCGAACAAUACAAACGAAACAUUUACAUUCCAUGGUCCACCCGGAGCAGAUGAAGAUCCUGGUCCAGUUAAAUGGACACGUCCCUACUUUGAUUGCGGUCGUUCAAAUAAAUGGUUGGUUUCGGCCGUAGUGCCCAUUGCAGAUAUCUAUCCAAGGCACACACAAUUCAGGCACAUUGAAUAUCCCAAAUACACUGCCAUUGCUGUCAUUGAAAUGGAUUUCGAGAGAUUAGAUAUUAAUCAAUGUCCCAAAGGUGAAGGCAACAAAGGACCAAAUCAUUUUGCCGAUACAGCGCGAUGUAAAAAAGAAACAACGGAAUGUGAACCGCUUCAUGGUUGGGGCUUUAGGCGUGGCGGUUAUCAGUGUCGAUGUAAACCGGGCUUUCGACUCCCAAAUGUGGUGAGGCGACCAUAUUUGGGAGAAAUUAUAGAAAGAGCCUCUGCGGAACAAUAUUACAAUGAUUAUGAUUGCAUGAAAAUUGGAUGGGUUCAAAAGGUACCCAUCCAAUGGGAAAAGGCACCCUAUCAUAUAAGAGAGAAAUAUUUGGAUAUGCAUCCGGAAUAUCGUAACUUUUCAACUGGUGCAAGUGCUUUGCACACGGAAAAUCUAAAUAUCGAUCAGGCAUUGAAAUUUAUUCAUGGCGUUAAUUAUAGGACAUGCAAAAACUUUCAUCCACAAGAUUUAAUACUGAGAGGCGACGUCAGUUAUGGUGCAGAUGAACAAUUUCAAAAUGAAGCCAAAAUGGCUGUACGAUUGGCUAACUUUAUCAGUGCUUUCUUGCAGGUCUCCGAUCCCAAUGAGGUAUACACUGGCAAACGUGUGGCCGAUAAACCACUUACCGAGGAUCAAAUGAUCGGCGAGACAUUGGCUAUUGUUUUGGGUGACACAAAGGUCUGGUCGGCUGCCACACUUUGGGAACGUAAUAAAUUCACCAACCGUACCUAUUUUGCUCCCUAUGCCUACAAGACUGAAUUGAAUACCCGAAAAUUCAAGGUUGAGGAUUUGGCACGUCUCAACAAAACCCAUGAAUUGUAUACGGAAAAGAAAUAUUUCAAGUUCUUGAAGCAACGCUGGUCGACCAACUUUGAUGACCUGGAAACGUGGCCGUCUCAAUGGAUAUGUUGCAAUUGGAUAUAAAACAAUGCCCCGAUUGGUAUUAUGAGCCCAAUGCCUUCAAGAACACGCACAAAUGUGAUGAGAAGUCCUCUUAUUGUGUUCCAAUUAUGGGUCGAGGCUUUGAAACUGGUGGCUAUAAAUGUGAAUGCCUGCAAGGCUACGAAUAUCCCUUUGAGGAUCUAAUCACCUACUACGAUGGCCAAUUGGUUGAGGCCGAAUUCCAAAAUAUUGUCGCUGACGGUGAAACCCGUUAUGAUAUGUUCAAAUGUCGUUUAGCCGGUGCUUCAGCUCUACAAGCAGCCACAUCAUUAAUUAUUGCAUUAUUCGGCUUUACACUGAUCAUGCUGUACAAAUGCAGAUGAGAGGAGCCAGCAAUAGGAAGGUAAACAUGCGUUUGUAUGACAAAAUGUAGUUUUGUAGUUUUUUUCUGUUAGAAGAUAAGUGAAAAAAAAGGAAUAACACACCAAUCCGUCCAAAAAAUACUAUUUAGUAUAUUAAGCAACUAUCUCAAAUAUCAUUUUGGGAGAAAUUCAUUGACAAAAAAGAACAAGAUCAGCCAGAGCAGAAGGAGCAACAGCUAAGGCUAUAUCCAAGUCAGCAAGAUGAGUUGGUUGUGCUACCUUUUUUGUUGUGUGGUCUCUCCUCUUUAUUUUGUUCUUUUCAUUUUUGUUUCUUUUAAUUUCAUAGAAAACAUUGUCAUCAUUUAUCCAAAGCGAUUAAGUUGUAGACACAAUCUAUUACAAUGAAUCUCAUUAUUUGUCAUGCUUUUUUUCAUUGUUGUUGUUGCAGGCCAUACAGUUAAUUUUUUGUUUUUUUUUUUGUGUUAAAGUACUCGCACAAAUACAAAAUGCCAAGGCAUCAUAUAACUCAUGUUCAAGAAAAUUAUGCACACUCUUACUUACCCAUUAAAAAGAAGAAAAAAAAAAAGAAAGAAGAAACUCUCAUAGACAACAUUUGGUAGAAUGAGAAAAUACAACGCCUCUCUUUUGGUAGAAGUAGUAGCUCGUAUUUCAGUUGUUAUGCUGUGUUAUUCUUUUGAUGGCAAAAAGGAAGAUUUUUUCAUGAUUAAUAACACAAAAAGCGCAGCAAAGCGGAAAUACUUUGAAGGCAAUGAAGAUGAAAAAAAAAAAAACAA